AUGAGGAGCACUCUUAUUCGUUUUUCAAAGGGAACACAGAUUUCCACUAGAACUUCUUCGCACGUAGAUAAAGACUCGUUUUAUGAGAAAUUCAGCUGUUUUUCCGCUGCUCAACACGUGAAUGGAAUAUGGAGAGCUCCAAGGAAGCUAGGGUUCACCAAGGAAGAGUUUGAUAGAGCUUAUCCCGAGUCAUAUAGAAGUAUGCGCAUAGGACUACCUGAUUCUGGUACAUUUGCCGCCAAAUAUAUUGAUCCACGAUUUGACGAAGUCUCUCCUCUAAUAUGGACGGCUAUAAUUACUUCACCCCUCAUCAUUUGGGGACUAGUGGAACUCAAACACAUAUACUAUCCUUCAGAAAAGAAGGCACACCACUAA